CGGUAACUUUUACGCCACCUACGUCGAAAGUUGCGGAACCUGACGCUAGACCACUCACCAAAACAAACUCUGCGUUCAGUUGCAGUCGGUUUUGCUUGUCAGCCGUCUUUGUAGCCUAUUUGUGUAUCGAACAUGAACUUGAAACCUCUGUCGCUGGCACAUUGAGUCUUCUCAUCAUGAACAAUUCAUCUUUCUAUCAGGCAUUGUCGUCUGAACUGGCUUCCGAAAGUACCAUGCUGGAGUUCAAGCUCCAGAAGAUUGACCUGGGCAGAUCUCAGCAUAGUUUGACGGAGCGACCCCCAUACAGAAACCAGCACCACACUCAGAAGGCAUUUGAGACCAUGAAUAUAUUGAGGAAGCAGAACCUCCUGUGUGAUGUAACUCUUGUGGCUGGUGCCACAGAGGUGUCUGCCCAUAAGACGGUGCUAGCAUCCUGCAGCCCCUAUUUCUAUGCCAUGUUUACGGGCUUCACUGAGAGUAGAGCUAACAAGAUCACGCUUCAGGGUCUGGAUGGGACAGCACUGGCUCUGCUCAUUGAUUAUGUCUACUCAGCCGAGAUACAGGUCACUGAAGAGAAUGUGCAGAGCCUGUUACCUGCUGCUAACUUGCUCCAGUUGAGCGAUGUCCAAGAAGCCUGCUGCGAGUUUCUGCAAGCUCAGCUGCACCCAUCGAACUGCCUCGGCAUUCGGGCAUUUGCAGACCUUCAUGGGUGCCUUGACCUGCUGUCACACUGUGAUUCCUAUAUUGAGCAGCACUUUGUGGAAGUGACCGAGAAUGAAGAAUUUCUUGCCCUUCCUGCAAAUCAAGUGGCUCAUCUCAUUUCUAGUGACAGGCUGUCAGUUCCUUCAGAGGAGCAGGUCUUUGAGGCUGUGAUGAACUGGGUGAACCAGGACUUGGCCAACCGAGAGUCACAGUUGGGCUCCCUGAUGGAGCACGUGCGGCUCCCACUGCUAUCUCAAGAGUAUCUGGUGCAGCGUGUGGAGGAGGAGCCCUUACUGAAGGGAAACCUACCCUGCAAGGACUUUCUCAUUGAGGCUAUGAAGUACCAUCUGUUGCGUGCUGAUCAGAAAGCACUUUACGCUACACCACGUACCAAGCCUCGAACGCCUGUUGGACGGCCUAAGAUGCUGCUUGUCGUGGGUGGCCAGGCACCCAAGGCCAUUCGCAGUGUGGAGUGCCUGGACCUGCAGCGUGAGCGCUGGCUGCAGCUGGCUGAGCUCCCCAGCCGUCGAUGCCGUGCAGGCCUAGCCCUUCUUGAUGGACGUGUGUUCACAGUCGGUGGCUUUAAUGGCUCACUACGUGUGCGCACAGUCGAUAUCUAUGACCCUGCGAGAGAUCAGUGGAGCCAGGCCCCUAGUAUGGAAGCUCGAAGAAGUACACUAGGUGUGGCAGUUCUAAACAACCAGAUCUAUGCUGUUGGUGGCUUUGAUGGUUCCACGGGACUGAACAGUGCUGAACGAUAUGACCCACAUACAGAAGAAUGGUCAGCAAUUGCAUCUAUGAGCACUCGUCGAAGCAGUGUUGGAGUAGGUGUUUUGAAUGGCCUCCUUUAUGCUGUCGGUGGAUAUGAUGGGGCAUCACGACAGUGCUUAAGUUCAGUCGAGCGUUAUGAUCCCAAGGAAGAGGAGUGGUCCCUUGUAGCUGAUAUGUCUGCAAGGCGCAGUGGUGCUGGCGUUGGGGUCCUGGAAGGAGUGCUUUACGCUGUGGGUGGACAUGAUGGACCAUUGGUGCGCAAAAGUGUUGAGUGUUACCAUCCUGACACUAAUUCUUGGUCCCAUGUGCCAGACAUGGCCCUGGCCAGGCGAAAUGCAGGUGUCGUGGCAAUGGACGGUUUACUGUAUGUUGUAGGUGGGGAUGAUGGAUCAUCCAACCUUUCUUCUGUUGAAGUCUACAACCCGAAGACCAAAACCUGGAACAUCCUGAGCACAUUCAUGACCAUUGGUCGUAGCUAUGCUGGUGUGACAAUCAUUGACAGGCCGCUUUAAAUCCCAGAUUAUCGCCUGAAGUUGUGGUUAGACCACAGGAGGAGGUGUGAAGCUUGAUGUGCAGCAACAGUCACUGUGCUGAAAAGGCUACCCUAAAGAGGGCUUUCUUUCCACGUGGUUCCAGUGAUAAGUGGCCUAGACUCCUGAGCAAGAACUGUUCAGUGUGAUUACUUACCUUUAUUCCAGCAGCACAGAAUGUGAAUGCAUAGGACAGUAUGUACAUUAAUUAGCAGUGUAUUGGAAAGCACUGUCAUUUGCUUAUGGCAAUAGUCUUUCAAGACACUUUUCUAUGUGCACCUUUCGGAGUUAGCUGAAAUCAAAUACUACUUUAUCAAGCUAUGUUCGAUAUUUCAUGCAUUCCAGAUGGGAGCAAUUUGCAAAACUUAAGGCGUGUAGGCUGGCUCUGCUAGACUUGUACGUUGUGCCAGAGGCGGCAGUGUGAACAGUCUCUAACAGUAUGAAACAUAACUGCGAAUGUCGGUUCUACUUUUUUUAUGGCCAAGUCCUUUUAAAUUGAUGUGUAAUGCAAAUAUGGAUGAAUGCACUGGCUUUGCCAGGGAAUAAAUAUGAACAGAGUAAAUGGGGCACAGAUUUGUAAAAAGCACUUUGGUUUUAUCGAGGAUCACCUUCACUUGCCACGUUUGCUUUGUUGAAGGGUAGCAUAGGUGAUAUUCUGGAAUGCAAGAGCUAAUUGGCUAGGAUAUAAGUAAGUGAGCAUCAGAAUGCCAUGCCUACCCCUUCGUGUUGAACCACUCUUUUUUCAUACUGCACGUCUGCUUGGUCCCUUGCUGUGAUCUUAACUUCAAGAGAACACUUUUACAAAUACACACGGUGACUGCCAAAUCACCUAGGUAAAUUUUUUUUCAUUUGACUCACAGCGAGACAGAUUUUAAUGUGCAUUAUUUUCUCUCUUUCAAAAGGCGAUAUGGAUAGGCACCAAGACAUGAAAUUAGACAUACUAUAGCACAAACUGUAAUUGUUUACAGAGCAUGUGCAAAGGCUCAAGUAUUUUACCUUGUAUAGAUUGAUUUAGUGCACUGUCUUUUAUCAGCAUUCUUAAACCUUGUUACAUAUGAGGGAAAAAAAGACGUUUCAAAUAUGCUUGCGAAGAUUGGUUUGCUGCGUUAAACAGACACAGCAUAAAGGCCAGCUCAUAUUACUCAUGAGAUGCAGUUAUUAUGUCUUGCAGAGUUCUGUUUACAAGUCAGUAAAAUUGACCCUGUGCUUUCAUGUGUAAAAAAAUUGUGUGUAUGUAUAUAUAAAAGUAUGUAUAUGGUUUGAUAUAAAGAUGGUUGCUGGUUGAA